AUGGCAACUGUAAUUGUUGGUACUGGUUUAGCCGGCCUUACCUGUGCUAAUCAGCUUCUAGAACUUGGAAAAUCUCCAGUUAUUCUGUUAGACAAGACUGGUACCAUUGGUGGUAAUUCUACCAAGGCUUCUAGUGGUAUUAAUGGUGCUCAUACUAGGACUCAAGAGGCCCAAAACAUCCAGGACAACCCAGAACUCUUUUACCAGGACACUGUUAAAUCAAGCAAAGGUAGAGGGGUUACUGAUCUAAUGGAUAAACUGGCAAAUGAUUCCCAUCUUGCUAUUCAGUGGUUACAAGAAGAAUUUGGCCUUUCUCUGGACUUGCUUGCACAGUUGGGCGGCCAUAGUGUAGCAAGAACCCAUAGAUCUUCCGGUAAACUACCACCUGGUUUUGAGAUUGUUUCAACUUUAUCUAAAAGAUUAAAGGAGAUAGCAGAAAAGGAACCUGAAAAAUGCAAGAUUAUCCUAAAUGCUAACGUUGUAGACGUUAAUAUUAACAAUGAAAAGGCUAUUACUGGCGUAAUCUACAAGGAUGGAGAAGGAAAAGAAAUUCAAUUGGAUGCAAACAAUGUAGUAUUCUGUUCAGGUGGUUUUGGAUUUUCAAAAGAUAUGCUGAAGAAGUACGCACCUGAAACCGUUGAUCUACCAACCACCAAUGGCCCACAAACAACUGGUGAUGGCCAAAGAAUCCUAGAAAAAAUUGGUGCAGAUAUGAUUGAUAUGGACCAAAUUCAAGUUCACCCAACUGGGUUCAUCGACCCUGAGGAUCCAUCAGCCGGAUCUAAAUUUUUAGCAGCCGAAGCCCUUAGAGGACUUGGUGGUAUAUUGUUGAAUCCAUCUACUGGUAAGAGAUUUGUGAAUGAAUUAUCUACAAGAGAUGCAGUAACCAAUGCAAUCCAAACACACUGUCCAAAGGAGAAGAAUACUGCCUUAUUAGUUAUGGGAGAAGGCAUAUACGAGAAAUGUAAGGUCAAUCUUGAUUUCUAUAUGUUCAAAAAACUUGUUAACAAGAUCACUAUUGCAGAACUAGUUAAGAAGUACGAAGUACCAGUUGAUGCCAAAGAAGUUGCAAGUGAGAUUAAUAGUUACAAUGUAUCGUCUUCCGACUCAUUUGGCCGUACAUUAGUCAUUCAAAACUUUGGUGAGAAUGUAACUCAGGACACUACCGUAUUUGUUGGUGAAGUUACACCUGUAGUCCACUUCACAAUGGGUGGUGCAAAAAUUAACACAAGUUCUGAAGUUGUUGGAAAGGAUGGUCAAGUAGUGGCUAAUGGCCUAUAUGCAGCCGGUGAAGUUUCCGGUGGUGUUCAUGGUGCAAAUAGACUAGGGGGAUCCAGUUUGCUAGAGUGUGUUGUAUUUGGUAGAACUGCUGCGAAGACAAUCGCCUCCAAAAACUAG